AUGUGGCACUUGUUGAGCGAUUUCGAACGGGCUGAAUAUCAGGUAUUAAACUUGGGAAUCAGGUCACAAGGUUUCCUUUUGAGUGAUUCAACCAAAAAAGCUUCAAUAAAAGGUCAACCAUGAAAAGCCGAAGGUGAGCUCUCCGACCUUCCAAAUAAGCUCAUCAAAGGGCAGCUUUUCGUGAGGCGAGAUAAUACAGUCCGGGGCCGUCGGCGUGUGCCAACCUGUCUAUCCGCCAACAAUUUUCGAUGCCGCCCCUCUCCGCUUUCGCUUCCUCCUGAUUUCGCAGUUUUUUCGCCUUGUCCGACGGGUCCAAGACCUUUUCCAAUGGCGGCUUUGGUCUCUUGGGAUUCCGUACAUCUUCAUUAAGUUCUUUGAUUAAUCUAUGUUCAUUAUUUUCACUGAUACAACCCAUCUUUCGUUACACUAAAUGAUUCUGGGAAAAAAAAAAAACUUACUUUCACUUUUUGUGCUGGUAUUAAAACAAACUUAUGUUCGUUUCUGUUCUGAAUUUCUCACUUUAUGACUAGAUCUGCUAAGUUGAGAAUAAUAUCAGCUCAAAACUCGAAAACGAUUUUUUUAAAAUUUAGAAUUUGGAAAAAAGCCACUAAGGAUGUUCUUUUUUAAUUCCUCUCACGUAUUUCAAAUCCCAGCGGCUUUCUAAGAUCGCCAUUCAAAACAAAUUGUUCUCCCGUGUUGUUUGACAAGUACACGACGUUUUUAGAUUCGAGGAAUUUUAUUGGUUCUCUUCGAUUCUGUCCAGAUUUUAUUCGAGAAGAUUUUAUUUGAAAAGCCCUUUGAGGUCACGAUUAACUGUGCAUUUUAUUCAAUUUCCAAAAAUUUCGGAAAUCUUUAAGGGAUUUGUAUUUUUAAAUUUCUUCUUCUUUCAGUUUCUACAAUAUACAUGAUUCCGUUCAAAAAAAGCAGAUUCUGAUCCUCGUUUUGGAUUCUUCCCGAAAAGCGACGAAGGGUCGCUCCAUUCAAACUGAACGCCCUCUUCAGCUCUCGUUUUUCUUCCGAACCUUGUUUUCAACCGUCGCUUUUCUUUGGAACUUGUCCAUGAAUAAACUUUCUCAUCUUGUUUUCCAGUGAGAAAAGUUCACUUUUUCGUUUUUCUGUGAACUUGUGGACCUCAUUUUUCUCAAAUAAACUCACUCACUAGUCGGUUAAACUUUUUUUUGGUGAUUUUGACAUCUGACACGAGAAUUUUUAUUGUCGAAAAAAAAAACCUGUAGUUGAAUUUUUGCAAGCAGAGUCGAGCUAUUCAGAAGAGGAAUUAAUUAUAUUUUUUUUAUCUCCAUGACGAUCUUUUUGAAGCGAAGAUUCGAAAUUGAGUCCCCUAUUUUAUUAUUCUUGAAUAAUAAUACAUUAAAUGAGUUACAUAGUCGAGAAAAGCCAUUUUUCAGCUCAUUAUAUAUAGUUCUUUCAAAAACAAGAAAGAAGAAUUAUAUACAGAAAAAUCACUAUCGAACCUCCCCGACUUUCUUAAAAUAUAACUUUCAUAAUUCCAGGGACGUCGAUGAAAUCACCGGGUCAUGUUUUGUCGAAGAAAAAUCAGUCAUUUUUUUCAAACAAACUGGCUAUCUUGUUUAUAGGUGAGUUUUUACCCUAAAUAAAAAUAAUUUUUUUGAAAAAUUAGCUCGGUUCAGUUCAUAAGAGGAAAUAGACAAAUUUUUUUUGAUUUGAUCUCAAGAAUUCUUACAAGAUCUCAGUUUCUACUGUAUUGGAUGAAAUCCAUAUUCAUCAUAAAUUCAUCACUUGGGUCAAAAAUGUUGAGUGACGUCAUCUGGAAUAAUGGGCAAACUUUUGUCGCCACGCGUCAUUAGCCAUUUCGGGCAAACCAGCCUUUUAUUCCCGGGUGCAAAAAUAUUCGAUAACUCGCUUUUUUUUCGGAAAAAAAAAUUAAAAUUGAGAAACGAUAAAUGGGAUCAAUCAAUAAAUAUAAUUAAACUUCAGAUAUCCGGCUCCAUUUUUUUGGAUUCCAGUUACACUAACCGUUGUCGCGACUUUCGGAUUGCUGAGGUUUUACGAAGAAAAUCGAAUUUGGUACCUUUACAGGUGAGACCACCGUUUGAAUUUCUAUAUAGAUCUCAUUCACUCGUUAAAAAAUUUAAUAGAUAGGCUUGUUUCCGAUUAGCGACAGUGAAGAGCCUUCAAUAAAGUGGCAAAACACUUUUCAAUCGGUUUUUUUCUUUCAAAGUCAGUUCUCCAAAACCUAUAUUUAUAUCAAUUUUAUUUUCCAUAGUUCACGUGAAUUUUCAGUCCGACCGGAGCUCAGUCGCACGCCGAACAUGCCGUGGCCAAAGAGUUUUUCAACGAUCGAGGCGGCAAAUUUUGGCUUGAGGUCGGCAUUUUUUCCCUUUUUCCAAUUUCACUAUUUUUUCUCACGACGGAAGCCAAAUAAGCGUCUUUUUGACCGAAUGGCCCGACAAGUGGCAAAAUCGUCGGGGUUUGAUCUUGGCUUCUCGGUUGCGCGUCGGCCACGCAAUAGCCAGUUUCGACGGCCUUCCAACCGUUGCCGCUUUUACGAAUAUUCUUCCCCGUGACGUGGAAAAGACGUCUUGGGUGCAGAUUGUAGCCUACAAAUUGAUGGCACUAUUUUAGUUAUUUUUCCAGAACUUCAAGGACAAAAAUCGCUUUGUUCACUGGAAGAAAAAAAAGAUUUCGUGAAAAACUUUCAGUCAAAAGUUUUUGGAGAUAGUUUGCCUCAGAAAGCAAGAGUGCCAAAAUCGAGAAAAUAUGAGCUUUAAAGAUAUUUUUUAAUAAGGAGUUUCCGACGGUUUUUUUCUUCUUUUUUUCUUGGCGGUCUUUUUCGAGGAUUUUUCCUUUAGAUUGCAGAGAUUUUUCCAUUAUUGAUUCUGUUUAAUAUAUUUUUCUAAACUUGUUCUCUGAAGUAAAAUAUGAAGGAAGUAUUUGAAGAACUGAAUGAAAAUUAGAUUUUUACGGAGCUUUCUACUGCUUGAAGCUGAAAUCUGAAGACACUGACUCUAGGAAAAAGUGAUAAACGUGGUCGCCCGGUGAAGUCAACGAGGUGAACUGGUUUCACAGAAAACUUGCUCGGAUUAUUAAUCGUAGACCACGUCGUCGGUCAGAAAAAAGGGUCGGUCGGAAAGUUGGACUUGCGAGUCUGACUCUGCGGAUUACAGAACGAGAACCGCCGCUGGGGUCCGCUCAAGCGGAAGUUAUAGGUUUGAAGAACGGAUAUCAAACAGUCGCGAGUGGAUCAGCCGCGAAAAAAUAGGAAAUUUAGAACUUUGCAGUUGACGAUCACGGCGAAGGACAUGGAGAACCUGCUGCGACGGGACUACCUGGACGGCGUCGACUCGCUCAGCGAGUACGUCCAGUACAACUUCACGGUUCCCUGUGACCUCAAUGGCAAGACCCGCUGCUCCUUCAGCGACCUUUGCUCCGGCGCUUGCAAUGAAAACCAGGUUUCUUUUACUUUUUAUAUUCAAUUAAAUACCAAAAUCCAAACUCUCGUUCAGUUCUGUAUACACCUUCUUAGGCCAAAAAUUACAACCUACUUUGAAAAAUCACAAUUCUUAUUUCUCAUGCGAUUUUGAAAAAAAAAAAAUUAUUUGACUUAAACUGUACCUAAUAAGCAGCAGUGGAACUAGUUAAAACUAUCUGAGAAGCGAUCUGAAAUUCGAAUUAGGCAAUUUAACCAAAAGGAAAACAUCUUAAUUCUAUCUUAUUUGCUACGAAUCGAAAUAGUCGGCAAAAGAGUUUAAAUUAAAAUCAACCCAGUCGAAAAACUUUGAGCCCAAAAAACCUCAACCAUUGCAAAAAAAAGAAACGAACAAAGAUUUAAGGUGAUACCGCUGUUCAACUUGAUCUACCGGAACGCGUCCUCCCGACUGCACCCCAACUUCCGGCUCACUUAUCCGACCAUGCACCUCUACAACGACGAGUACUACGUCGGCGAACACUUCGGCGGUGUCGAAAUCGACGCAAAGACAAACGUGUCAGUCGUUCCUUGUUUCUAUUCAACUGAAGAGGGACUUGAAGGAUUUCCCGUGUGAAAGUCAUCGUCCUGUAUUUUCGGACAGACCGGCAGACUCCAGAAAUUUCAGAAACGAUUGACCGGCAAGUCUUUUUCGGGAUUGAAACUUCUUGAGACGGGAAAGUUUAGAUGGGAACAAGACUUCAUCGAUUACACGGAACACUUCUCCCAUCCUCAGCUCAACAUGACCAUCAACAGCGACACCAUGAUCGCCAGAGAGGUCCUUUCUGGCUAUUCACAGAAGUUACACUGAGAUUCAGGUCCGGGCCAACGGAAUGACAUGUAUUCCCUACUUCUCCAUUUCGAUAGCUCUAGUUUACACUUUCAUCCUUCUCACGAAUCGAAGGGAGCAUUUCCAUCUGGGCCAUUCCAUCGUCAUGGCUCUUCUAGGCGUUGCCGGUCCACUCAUGGCCAUCGGCACUACGUGAGCUAUUCCAAAUCCUGUUCCCUUGAAUUUUCUGUUGAUAGGUUUGGGUUCCUUUUCUUGUUGGGCUAUCCAUUCAACUCGAUAGCGCUGGUCAUGCCUUUCCUCAUCAUCGGAGUUGGAUCUGAUGACGUCUUCAUCAUCAUCCACGCGAUGCGGAAAACUGACAAACGCAAGUCAUUGGAAGAACAAAUCGGUUAGUUUCGCUCGAAAAGAAGUUCUUCGGUUGAGAAAAAAAAAACUGAAAGCUUACAAUUUUUUUCUGUUGAGAUAAGGAAUAGAGACCAUCUUUAUCUAGAACUUCGGAGAAUUCUCUCAAGCACACAAUGAAGCUACCUCUUCUAUAAAUUUCAAACCUUUCUUUCCUUUUCCUCUUCCAAAAUGAUUAUUCCAGCCGAAACAAUGGAAGAAGCUGGUCCUUCAAUCACGGUCACCUCUGCGACCAACAUCCUUUCCUUCGGAAUCGGAGUUUUGACGCCGACGCCAGCCAUCUCCUUGUUCUGUCUGUACACUGCCGUCGCCGUUGCUGUCGACUUUGUCUAUCAGGUGAGCGGCAAUUAUUUUUCCUACAUAAAAGGUGGUUUUAAGCUUACGUUUUUUGUUGCCGCACUAGUUUAUGAAGAAAAGAGAAUCACGAAAAACUUGGAAAAGCCGCCGAUCGAAGAGGUUUACCCUGUUGGAAGUAUUGAGAACAAUAAAAAGAUGGCCGUAUGUUUUCGAUUUAAUUUCAUAGCCAAAAAAAGUUUUAAGAUAUGCGCUCAAUCUUCAAUCAGGUCAAAUCAUCCGGCCAAUCCUCAAGGAAUCGUGGCGCGUUAUUGUGCCUUUUUGAAGCGUUGGCAGGUAAUUUUAACUAAAAAUAGAUUCAAAUCAGUUUUUUGAAAAAUGACAGACGAGACUUUGUCUGCUUCUGAUUCUUAUCGUGUACUGGUCGGCCUCAGUCUACGGCUGCAUGAAUAUGGAGGUGAAGAUGGACACGACGAAUCUGGUCAUGAAGGAAAGCGCUCUGAACAACGUUGCCUACAUAUACGAGAAGUUUCUCUGGAGCGAAGGACAACUGGUCUCCCGGAAACAAAAGAAAAACAAUUCUGAACUCAUUUGCAGGUGCUGAUCUUCGUGAACAACCCGCCAGACAUGACACAGGAGAAGAACCAAUGGGCGGUGCUCGACCUAGUCGACAGGUUCAAAGACGAUCAUCAACUCUGGGAAGGAAUAUUUUUCAGGUUCGAAAAGCUCCCAUACUCGAUGGGCCACAACUCGACUUCCUUCUGGCUGAGGUCCUUCUUAUAUCAGAGUCCACUGUAUCACAAUCGCAAAGGCUUCUACGCGUUGUUGGAUGAGUGGUUGAAUGUAAGUUCGGCUUUCUGAGAAUUUCUGAAGAAAAAGCCAAAAAUUUCAAGCAAAAGAAACUAUUCAAAAUUUAAGAAGUUUACUUGGAAGUUUUAGGACUUUUUUGCAGAAUAGGCCAUACCAAGGCUUGUAGUGGUGGCGUGGAAAACUUUCCCGGUUAUAAAAUAGGAAGUCUGGUGAUCUAACUGAGUAAGACAAACAUCGGUCGAUUUGAGACAAUACCAAGCCUUCAAAUUGAAACCAUCACAUAUGUUAAUCAAAUUAUGCUGAAAAAGUCUCCUUUGGUUUUUUUAUGGAGUAAACUUUUGAGAAAUUGGUGAUCUAAAACAUUUUUCGAACCUUUGGAGCUGUUACUGUAAUUUAUCCUUAGGACCCUGAAAGCGGAGCUUCGCGGUGGAAGGACAUGAUCCGGCUGAAGAAAUCAGAAAACGGCACGACCAUCGGAAUCGACAAGUUCAUGUUCGCGACGGCAUGCGCGAUGGGAGACGACGCCAACUGGAACACCAGAGAAAGGCUUCAGAAGCAGUGGCGCGCCGUCGCCGGCCAGUAUCCGCAGUACAACGUCUCCGUCUUCCAGGUUCUCCUUUUCGAAGUCUCGAAGUGAGCUUUUUUUUUCAGGCCUACUCGUUCUACGUCGACCAACUCGACUCAAUUGGAAGCACGACCUUGUCGACGGUGAUCGUCGCCGCUCUGACCAUGGACCUCGCUUGUUUCCUCAUGAUUCCUAGCGCCAGUUCGAUCUUGUCCAGGUUCAUCAAUAAGAUCUCCGCGAUCCCUACCGAACUACUUGCAGUUCGGUAGCGAUGCUCUCAAUAAACGUAGGCGUCUUUGGACUUUUAUCGGUUUGGAACGUCAACCUCGACCCGAUAACUAUGUGUACGACCCUCAUGAGCAUCGGUUUCUCUGUAGAUUUUACAGGCGAGUGGUUCUUCUAUUUUUGUUGAAUUUCUGGUUUUGUCAGUUGAAGUAACUUUUUUGCAGCACAUAUCAGCUACCACUACUACCGCAACCCAAUCACCUGGACAACAGAUGAAAGGCUUGCAGAUGCAUUGAAGUGAAAAAUGAAGUGAUAAAGAUCAAGAAGAAGUUAUUAAGAUCUAUCGGCUGGCCGAUGAUCCAAGCCGGCGUCUCCACGAUGUUGUGCAUGUCGCCGCUGUUGAUCAACGACAGCUACAUGGUCGGCGUCUUCGUCAAGACCAUCUUCCUCGUUAUUUCGUUGGGACUUCUCCACGGCAUCAUCUUUCUUCCAGCCCUUCUUCUGACGGUAUCGUUUAUACUUUGAAAGUUUCCAAUCAAUUAAAUAUUCUCUUGCUGAAGUUUGAGUCUCUUCAGGUCGGUCGGGAAGCGCAGAAAAAAGUCGCACCAGCAGAUCAGUUAGCGGCGACUUCUAGUGAUAAAUCUUUAAUAAGCAAUACAUCAACACUCAAGGAGAUCCCUCUGGAAGGUACGCAGUUUGAAAGUUUGCUUCGAAAAGCUUGCAUUUCAGUGAAACCUCAGAGGCCGAACCUUUCUGAAGAAGAAUCGCGAAGGACAGGCUGA